CUCUCUCUCUCUCUCUCUCUUCCCCCCAAACCCAAACCCAAACAACCCCCAAAAACCAUCACACACACACACACACUCACUCUCUCUCUCUCUCUCUCUCUCUCUCUCUCUAUAUCCAAAACGACCACGCAGCAGCGCUUACUUUCUUCCAUCCCAUUCCAACCCAUAAAAUAAAAAAAAUAAAAAAAUUAUAUUUAUUAAAAAAAACAAACGCAGCUAAGCAUCAGCACCAAACUGGUUUUGGUUUUUUUUUUUUUUUUUUUUUUCAAUUUCAAUUUCCAAAAUCCAUGUCUAAUUCCGACGGACCUAGUAACGGCGUCACUAACGGCGGCGGCGCUUCGGUUGCCGAGCCUCAAAGACAGCAACAGCAGCAGCAGCCGCCUGGUAACGGAGCUUUAGCCGUUAAAAAACCGCCCUCUAAGGACCGACACAGUAAGGUGGAUGGACGGGGUCGGCGUAUCCGUAUGCCUAUAAUAUGCGCCGCCAGAGUUUUCCAGCUCACCCGUGAGCUUGGCCAUAAGUCUGACGGUCAAACCAUUGAGUGGCUUCUCCGUCAAGCCGAGCCGUCUAUCAUAGCCGCCACUGGCACUGGCACCACUCCUGCCAGCUUCUCCACCGUUUCCGUCUCCGUCCGCGGUGGCGGCGCCGGAGGAGUCUCCGCUUCACUCUCUUCCUCUUCCACUUCUUCGGCUUCUUUAGACCAUAAGCCGCUGCUGGGUCCCACGCCUUUUAUACUCGGCAAGCGCGUGAGACCCGACGAUGGGGUUGCCAAGGACGGUGAUGGCGGAGAUGGAGGGGUGUCUGUUGUGGGUCCGACGAUGGGCUCCAUGGUGGGUCCGGCGACGACUACGCCUGGUGGCUUUUGGGCCCCGCACUUCGGUCAAGUGUGGAGCUUCGCGGCGGCGGCUCAUCCGGAUAUGGUGGGUCAGCCGGCGGCGGUUUCGCAGCAGCCGCCUUCGUUGUUCGUUCAGCAGCAGGCAAUUGGAGAAGCGUCGGCGGCGAGGGUGGGAAAUUACCUUCCGGGGCAUCUGAAUUUACUAGCUUCUUUGUCGGGUGGGCCAGGAAGUUCGGGUCGGAGAGACGACGACCCUCGCUGAUUUUUCGGGGGGUUCCGAAUUUUCGGGUCGCCGGGGUGGGGAAAGGUGGAGGUGUGGCUCAGUAUGUAUAAAUAUGUGUAUGUUUACUGGCUUUUUUUUUUUUUUUUUUUUUUUUUUUUUUUGGUUGUGUGUGCGUGGGGAUUUGAGAGGAAUUUUUUUUUUUUUUUUUCGGGUUCAGUGAAUUUUUAGGGUUAGAGUUUUUAUUAGCUUUUGUUUUGAAAAAUUAGGGUUUGUGGAAAUUUGGGAAUUUUAAGCAUGUACGAAUUGCAAUUCAAUUAGGGUUUUAGGGGUUCAAAAAUUGUUUUAGGAUUUUGGAGGGGUUUUGUUUGGAAAGGAAAGAGGGAGCAAAGAAUCAAGGGUCCUCUGGUGGUGGAGGGUUGGAUUCGCUAUUGUAAUCUUGAAGUUUUCUUUUUCCCCCUCAAUUAUUUGUUGUUAUCCAGAAUUUGGGUGAUUUUUAAUAUUUUGGACAUUUCAUCAAUUGGAGUAAUCUUAGAAAUAAGCAGCGUGUUUGGGAAGAUGUAGUCCGUUGUUGUUGCUGGUUUUGUGGAAAAGUGGAGAUUUUUCUUCACACUGGGUUAUGAGUUUGAAGUUUGAAGAUUUGGUGUUUGAGGAAAUGUCUCAGUCUCCAUAAAAAUAGGUGUGCUAGCUUUUAGUCCUUGCCAUUGCAGCAAUUAAUGAGCUUGAAAUUGGGUGGUUCGAUACGUGGGUAUGCUCAUUUUGUAAUCAAAAUGGCCCCCUUGAAAGUCCGAUGCUUGAAGAGUAUGGAUGUUGUUGCAAUGCUAUGUUGUUCCUUGCAAAUUGCAAUAGCGAAUGGGAUGAUAUUAUCAAACUCUCUUGGCUGCAACAGUAUGAUAUCGGGAUUGGCAGUUCUUGAAGAGGUUGCAAGUUAUUUGGAUAUGGUUUGGGAUUGGUUCUUGUUCUCUCUUUCUGGCUUCAUACUUUAUGUUGUUUGAUUGAAUGAUCUUUGGAAGGGUGACUAGCAUGUGAAGGAUAAAAGCUGUUGGCUCCUCUCUCUGGCAAAAGUUUUGCAUACCUAGAAUCGAUGGACUACAUUUGCCCCGUCAUUGGCAAGUUUGUCCACGACUUAGGAAGUGGGACGGGAGCUGUUCAGCUUGAAGCUUUACAUGCUUGUAUUCAAAAUUUUCCAAUCGGAAAUGUCCCCCAAAAAGGGGACCUCUGUCUUAUGGACCUGGACCAUAGUAAAUGGGUCACGUAACUCAAUUUGAGGUGUUUUUGUGGGCUCUUGUAGCCACAAUAGUAUAUCAAACAGAGACUCCUGAUUGGUCAGCUAUUACUGCUUCAUUCAGAUAAUCACCCACUUGUUGGUGGUUGCCAUUUAUGUUGGUUAGUAGGGUAAGAUGUCUGAUUAUCCAUUGUUUAUA